GAUUGUUUAUGUUUUUUGUUUGUGUACUUUUUGUGUGUUAUAAAAGUCAAAUUGUCAUUAUUUGAUCAUGUCUCGAAGAUGACUGUUACUUUUUGUUUUAUUUUGAUUAUUGUAUGUGUGGAACUUCCAAACAACCUGACAAUACAAAAAUGUAUACAAUUGACAAAUUAUGUUGUAUGGACCUUCCAACUGGAGCCGCUGCCUAUGGAUGGUUUUCAAUAUUUUAUUCAAUAAUCACAGCUAUUUACAGCCUAUUUGAUGCCAAUAUAAAAGGAAUAAUAUGGUAUACUAUUAUUGGUGUUGGCGUUGCCGUUUUACUUAUAAUUGCAGUUAGACAGAGAUCACAUAUUCUGCUUUUACCAUGGUUAGGUGCGAAUGCCUUUCAGAUUGUUAUUAUUACACCAAUUGCGUUAAUUUUUAUCAUAUGGGAUAAUAUUAGCAAAUUUUCUGUUCUAUUUUUUUCUUUAAUAACAUUAAUUCUUUUAACAGCUUUUCUCUGUUACGUAUGGAUUGGAAUUUACUCACUUUAUCUUAUAUUUCAAAGUGAAAAACAAACUGGAACAACGAGAGAACGAGUUUAAACUAUUAAAUAUUAUUAAUAUUAUUACUUUUAUUCCUACAAUUUAUACCUGGGUACCUAUUAAAUGUUGGAAUAAAAAUAUGUAGUUUCAAAUCAUUUAUAUUUUGUAACACAUCU